AUGGCGGAAUUUGUGUCUACCAUUGCCGAAAGUGUCAUGGCAGAGCUAGCUUCCUUUGCUUACCAAGAAGUUUGCUUGGCAUGGGGUGUCGAAGAGGAGCUAAAAAGGCUUCGGAAUACCUUUUCCGACAUCAAACUAGUGAUCAUGGACGCUGAGGAAAGGCAGAGGAAGGAACCCCUUCUAACCCAAUGGUUAGGAAGGCUCAAAGAUGCUUGCUACGACAUAGAUGAUGUGCUCGAUGAGUUUGCAUUCCAAGAAAUGCAGAUGACAAUGCUGAUCCCUGGCGGGAGUAUCAAAGGAAAGGUACGCAUAUUCUUUUCGCGCUGGAAUCCUAUCAUGUUUAACUUCAAUAUGGGGCAUAAGAUCAAAGAAAUUAGAGAAAGGUUAGAUGAUAUGGACGAUGAAAAAUCUCGUUUUCAACUUGUGGAACGAGUUGGAGAUUGGCAGGUUGUGCACAUAAAGAGAGAGACUCACUCUUUUGUGCAACCACAUGAUGUUAUUGGGAGAGAGGAUGAUAAGAAACAGGUUAUCAUCCAUCUCUUGAACUUGAACCUGAAGGAAGCAACUGGCGGUGCCCCCGAGCAUGUUUCUGUUAUAUCCAUUAUUGGAUUAGGAGGCAUAGGCAAGACCACUCUUGCUAAAUUGGUGUAUAAUGAUAAUCGGGUUGUCAGAAACUUCGACAUGAGAAUGUGGGUGUGUGUUUCGGACCACUUUGAUCACAAAAGAUUGGUUCAUGACAUUCUUACUUCAGCAACUAACCAAAACUGUGGUGAUCAUGAAAGCUUAGACCAAAUGCAGAAGAAGUUGCAAGACGCUCUGAGGGAUAAGCAGUUUCUGUUGGUGUUGGACGAUGUUUGGGACAAGGCUCAUGUCGGAGUAACAUCCGCAAAGUGGUUUGAUAUGAAAGCUCUAUUAAAUGUUGGAGCCGAGGGGAGUAAAGUCAUCGUAACAACUCGCAGUGAAUCAGUUGCUUCGGUUAUGAGCUCUGCGAGAGUGCAUCAAUUAAAAGGUCUUCCUCUCAAGGUUUGCAAGUCUUUGCUUAUAAGACGGGCAUUUGGUCAAAAAGGUGAGGAGCAACGCUAUCAACACUUGAUGGAGAUUGCGGAAAGUAUUGCAGAUAAAUGCGGAGGGGUUCCUCUAGCGGUAACCACCCUAGGGAGCCUACUGCAUUCGAAAAGGGAGAAACAGGUUUGGUCCAAAGUUAGAGACAGUGACAUAUGGACAUUGGACCAGGGAAACGAAGACAUUCUACCUGCACUGAAGUUAAGCUACGAUGCAUUGCCGCCCUACUUGAAGCCUUGUUUCGCCAUUUGUUCACUGUUCCCAAAAGAUUAUGUGUUCCAAAGUACAGAUUUGGUUUCGCUAUGGAUGGCACAAGGCUUCCUGCAAUCCUCUAAUCCAACAAGAUCUAAAGGAGACCAAGAGUUGGAAGAGAUUGGCCUAGACUACAUCAGGCAAUUAGGUUCGAGAUUCUUAUUUGAAAUAGAGGAAGAUUCGAUUGAUUUCAUAGUAUUUAAAAUGCAUAAUCUCGUCCAUGAUUUAGCUAUUUCAGUGUCAAAACUAGAGUGCUCUUCCAUAAAUUUCCGUCCUAACCCCGAUACUUGUAAAAGGGUUCGGCAUGUUUCAAUGUCAGAGGAUGACUUACCCACCAAGAAAGGGGAACGAGUUCCUGAGUUCUUUCUUCAGUUGAAGAAAGUUGGGACCAUUCUAUUUCCAAUUCCAGGACAUGUAGGAUUCUCCAACAAAUCUGUGUUGAAAUCUUGCAUCCUGAAAUUCAAGUACCUACGGGUGCUCGAUCUUAGUGGUUCAACUUUUGAGGUGUUGCCGGGUUCUGUUGGCGACUUGAGUGGCCUGAGAUAUCUCAACUUGUCCAAAAAUCCUAGCAUGCAAAAGCUUCCGGGUUCCAUUUGCAGGCUGCUAAACUUGCAGACCCUACUACUUACUAAUUGUGAGAAACUCAAGAAGCUGCCGAGAGACAUAGGGAACCUGAUCAACCUCAGAACAUUGGUGCUGACAACAAAUCAGACGGUUAUGCCAGAAGGAAUUGAACGCCUCACCUCUCUUCGAUUUUUACAGGUCGACAGCUGCAGUCAUCUUGUAUCUUUCGGCGAAAUGAUGCGGUGCCCCACAAGCCUCCGAGUGCUGGUUAUAAGCAACUGUCAAAGUCUAGAGUCAUUGCCAGGUGACGUGAAAAACCUAACAGCGUUGAAGGCUUUAGCCAUCUCCGACUGCGUAAAUCUUGACUUGAUGAGGUCGGGAGAAGGCAUUCGAGAUCUUCGAUCGGUUUCAGUCUCGCAUUUAGAGGCUCUUCCCCCUUGGCUUAAAGAGUCUACAAACACUCUACAGAGCUUAAGUAUCAAGAAGUGCGAGGGCCUCAAGGAACUGCCGGAGUGGCUGCAAACCUUCAAGUUGCUGGAACAUCUAGUGAUCGAAUGCUGCCCUCAGUUGUCGAGCUUGCCGGAGGGGAUGCAUCUCCUCGGUGCAUUGAGAGAGCUGAAGAUCGACGGGUGCCCGAACUUGAGUGAAAGAUGCAAAGGAAAAGAAGGUGCAGAUUGGUUCAAGAUCGUUCAUGUCAGCAAGGUUACAGUUGAUGGAGAGAUUGUCGCGUCAAAUGUUGAUUAG